GAGGACGGGCGGAGGGGGACAGCCAGCUGCGGGCCUGGCUCAUGAGGACCCCCAGGUGUCUCGGCUACCGCGCUGAGAGGCCGCGUGGAUCCGCCUGACGUCAAAGUGCCUGGGACGUGGUUCGGGGCUGCGACUGGGGGCUUGGGAAGCUGUUUGGAUUCAUAGUCACCCCGCUUCAAGGAUGAGGAGGGGCGAGAUGAAGAUUCGAUUUCCUUCACAAGAGCCUUUUGUACUCCCAAAGCUUCCUUCUCUGGGGACUGGAGAGGGUCACAUAUUUGGUCAAUCAGUGAGAUGAGAGGUGACUUUGCGGGCGCCCUGCGCAGCCCUCGGGGCCCUGCGCGCCCGCCCGGGGCCGCGGCCCCUCCCGCGGGCUGGGGGGCGGCGCGGGAGCCGGGGGCUAGCCCGCCCCCUCCUGCCCCGUCCCCCGCCCGCCGGCUACGUCUGAAAGCGCCCCAUUGUGCGCGCUCGGCUCGGACCGGGGCGCGGGAAGGGCGCGCCGGGGCUCAGGGGCAGGAGCGCCGCUGCCCGGUCCCGCCGUCGCCGUGGGGCCGCCUCCUCCGCCCUGUCCUCGCGACGCCGCUUUCCCAGGGGACCCGCGCCCUGUGGCCCGGUGUCUCCGCUCUCGGAGUCCUCGGCCCCAGUCCCUGCGUCUUAGCGCCCCCUCCCCGGCGCCAGUGGAGCCGCCGGACGGCCUCGGGACCCCACGGGACAAACCAGCCCUGCGGACUCCCCCAGGCAGGAGGCGGGGCCGGCGGGACGCUGAGGCUUGGGAGAGACGACGGCCGGGAGCCCCUGCUGAGCCCCGGGAGGGAGGCGCAGGCUUUGGGCCCUGAAAAACCUCCACACCUCUCCCAUGGGUUUGUGAUCGAGGUGGCAGCUCUCCCAGCAGCCCUGGACCACAGAUCCCCGCCGGCGGCAUGUGGCUACCUCGCGUUUCCAGCACUGCGGUGACCGCGCUCCUUCUGGCCCAGACCGUGCUCCUGUUCUUCCUGUUCUCCCAGCCCAAGUCGCCAUCCCCAUCGGCCGGGGAGGAGCGGGUGCACGUGCUGGUGCUGUCCUCGUGGCGCUCGGGCUCGUCCUUCGUAGGCCAGCUCUUCAACCAGCAUCCCAAAGUCUUCUACCUGAUGGAGCCUGCGUGGCACGUGUGGGCCACCCUGUCACAAGGCAGCGCGUCGGCGCUGCACAUGGCUGUGCGUGACCUGGUGCGUUCCAUCUUCCUGUGCGACAUGGAUGUGUUCGACGCCUACAUACCCUGGCGUCGCAACCUGUCAGACCUCUUCCAGUGGAUGGUGAGCCGCGCGCUGUGCUCGCCACCGGCUUGCAGUGCCUUACCGCGCGGUGCCAUCAGCAGCGAGGCCGUGUGCAAGCCGCUGUGCGCCCGGCAGCCCUUCGGCCUGGUGCAGGAGGCCUGCCGCUCCUACAGCCACGUGGUGCUCAAGGAGGUGCGUUUCUUCAACCUGCAGGUGCUCUACCCACUGCUUAGCGACCCUGCACUCAACCUGCGCAUCGUACACCUGGUGCGCGACCCAAGGGCGGUGCUGCGUUCUCGGGAGCGAACGGCCAAAGCGCUGGCACGUGACAAUGGCAUCGUGCUGGGCACCAACGGCACGCGGGUGGAGGCUGACCCAGGCCUGCACGUGGUGCGUGAGGUGUGCCGCAGCCACGUGCGCAUUGCCGAGGCUGCCACGCGCAAGCCACCACCCUUCCUGCGUGGCCGCUACUUGCUGGUGCGCUUUGAGGACCUGGCGCGCUCGCCGCUGUCGGAGAUCCGUGCGCUCUACGCCUUCGCAGGCCUGAGCAUCACACCGCAGCUCGAGGCCUGGAUCCACAACAUCACCCACGGGGCUGGAACGGGAGCGCGCCGCGAGGCCUUCAAGACCUCGUCCAGGGACGCUGUCAAUGUCUCCCAGGCCUGGCGCCACUCACUGCCCUUCUCCAAGAUCCGCCGCGUGCAGGAGCUGUGCGCCGGUGCACUGCAGCUGCUGGGCUACCGGGCGGUGUUUUCCGAGGCCGAGCAGCGUGACCUCGCCCUGGACCUGGUGCUGCCGCGCAGCCCGAGCAGCUUCAGCUGGGUGUCAUCCACCGCCAAUCACUCCGGGCCUUAGUAGGGGUCCCCAGUUGUGGUGGCACUUGUGUGUAGUGUGGAGGGAGAGGGGAUGUGGGCACAGGCUGUUGCUGAAAGAGUCAGGAGUUUGGGAGUCCUGGCCUGUAGUAGGGAAGGACUGAGUCCCCAAUCUCCAUGUUUCUUUCUUCCCACAUCUACAUUUUCCUUCAGGUCAUGGUAACCAAAACGAGGUCCCCACUUCCUCUGGGCCCGAGGAAUAAGUUCAGUCCACUUGGCUCCUUUUCAAAUGUUUUCUUUCCCUUAAGUCUCUCCUCCCUUCGGAUGCACCAAGCAGCUGAGAAGGGGGUCCCAGCCCUUCCUGGGAGUCGAGGGGCACUGGGGCAAGAUGGCCCCUGAAGAAUCGUGUACCUCUCCCCCCAUACACACCCCAGACGCUGUUCCCCGUGCCCCUGGCACCACAGUCCUUCAAAGCUGGUGGCAUUUAUGUUCACCUGUAUCCAGCAGGAAAUCAGACGAGAUGUCUCUUAGCUUGUGAUCUCCCUUAGCCCACCUACCAGCAGCCCACACACCCCCAUCACCUGCAGGUACGGUGAACCUUUGAUUUGUCCUGACAGGAAAAAUCCUACCUACAGAAAUAAAUGUAAUAACUAA